GGGGGAGGAGGUGAGGGACACAGGCGGGAUCCGUAGUUCGGAGAAGAUCCGUAAGGGGACAUUACACCGAGCCGGAAAGCCGGCGAACCAAUAGUCACCUUGGCGAAUACAGUGUGGAACCCUGUUCCCCUUUUUUCACUGAUACCAUGGUCAUGGCGUAUUUCCUGGAGAGUUUCUGGGGGGAAAAGAACAAUGGGUUUGAUGUGCUAUAUCACAACAUGAAGCAUGGGCAGAUCUCAACAAAAGAAUUGUCUGACUUCAUAAGAGAGAGGUCAACAAUUGAAGAGGCAUAUUCUCGCUCAAUGACCAAACUUGCCAAGUCUGCAAGCAAUUAUACACAGCUUGGGACAUUUGGACCGGUCUGGGAUAUAUUUAAAACAUCUACAGAAAAAUUGGCCGUGUGUCACCUCGACCUUGUGAGAAAGCUACAGGAGCUCAUGAAAGAGAUUCAGAAGUAUGGAGAUGAACAAAUUAAAACACACAAAAAGACAAAAGAGGAAGUAUCAGGAACCCUGGAGGCCGUGCAAAAUAUCCAGAGCAUUACUCAAGCCCUCCAGAAAUCCAAGGAGACUUAUAAUAUUAAAUGUGUGGAGCAGGAGAGGCUAAAAAAGGAGGGAGCCGCACAGAAAGAGAUAGAAAAGGCAGCUAUAAAAACAGGGAAAGCUACAGAGAGUUAUAAACGAUGUGUUGAGAAAUAUGCUGCGGUAAAAUCUGAUUUUGAGCAGAAAAUGGAAGAGACCAGCCAGAAAUUCCAAGAUAUUGAAGAAAAGCAUCUUAUUCGUAUGAAAGAAAUCAUUGAGGCACUCUCUCACUCUGUAAGCGAAGUCCACAUUCAGAUAGGCCAGGUUCAUGAAGAAUUUAUAAACAAUAUGGCAAAUAUUACAGUUGAUAGUUUGUUACAGAAGUUUGCCGAGAGCAAAGCCACUGGGAAAGAAAGACCUGGUCCCAUUGAGUUUGAAGAAUGCAACACAGCCAUUGCGGUGGAAGGAGUUAAACAGAGGAAAAGAAAGACUUUUGGUCUGCCAGGAAUUAUUAAGAAGGAGAAGGAUACAGAAUCAGUGGAGAAUGCAGAUGCUGAUUCAGUUAACCUGCCUGCUGUUGAUGAGGAGGGGUUCAGUAUAAAACCAGAGGAGAACCAGAAUUAUACCAAAGAAAAUCAUUUCUACUCAUCAAGCGAUUCUGAUUCGGAUGAAGACGGACCAAAGAAGUUCCAUGUGGAAAUCAAGCCCAUGCAACCAAACAAUGGAUCCCACCACACGGUGGCAUCUUUGGAUGAGCUCAAAGUGUCUAUAGGGAAUAUCACUCUUUCCCCUGCAGUUUCUAGGCAAAGUCCGGCACAGAUGACCAGAAUUUCAUCAAGUGAAGAGAUGACAAAGCUGAAAUUCCCUGGACCACCUGAGAGAUCUAACAAUGACCUUCUCGCCUGGGAUCCAUUAUUUGCUUCAUCACUUGAGACAUCUUCCAUGUCUUCCUCGAGCUCCACAGUGUCUCCACCUGCUCGACCUACUACACCACAUACUGUUGGAACCAUCGGGCCACCUCCAAGACCCGCAUCAAGACCCAAGCUUCCAUCUACAAAACUCAGCGGGAUAACGGAAGUGCCACGGCCCUUCAGCCCGACUAUAACAUCCAACACUAGUCCACCUCCUUCAGCUUCAUUGCCCCGUGCAGAAAGCUCCUCUUCAAUCUCAUCUUCUGCCUCGGUCAGCGCAGCCAACACUCCCACCUUCAGCAUCUCCCGAGGUCCCAGCCCAAUCACUCUCGGAAACCAAGACACUCUCCCUGUUGCGGUUGCGCUCUCAGAAUCUGUUAAUGCCUACUUUAAAGGCGCAGAUCCCUCAAAAUGCAUUGUGAAGAUAACCGGUGACAUGACCGUGUCCUUUCCAAGCGGGAUUAUUAAAGUCUUCACGAACAACCCCUCUCCUGCAGUACUGUGCUUCAGACUAAAAAACACCAGCAGACUCGAGCAGAUCCUACCAAACACACAACUUUUAUACAGUGAUCCAUCGCAGAACGACGACAACUGUAAAGAUUUCUGGAUGAAUAUGCAAGCCGUCAUCACCUACCUCAAAAAGUCUUCCGAGCAGAAUCCAUCAGCCUCGUAUUAUAAUAUAGAUAUAUUAAAAUAUCAGGUGACUUCCAAUGGGAUUCAGUCCACUCCUUUAAAUCUUGCUACAUACUGGAAAUGUACUUCUGACACCACUGAUGUUAGGCUGGACUAUAAAUAUAAUCCAGAGUCCAUGGCUGCACCCAGCAUACUGUCCAAUAUCCAGGUAGUCGUUCCAGUAGACGGAGGAGUAACAAACAUGCAGUCACUGCCCUCUGCGACAUGGAAUGCAGAGCAAAUGAAGGCUUUCUGGAAAAUAUCUGCAGUUUCAGAAAAGUCUGAAAACGGAGGAUCAGGAUCACUACGGGCCAAGUUUGAACUGUCCGACGGACCCAGCAAGCCGGGCACACUUGCCGUGCAAUUUGUGAGUGAUGGGAGCACUUUGUCUGGAGUGGACAUUGAGCUGGUUGGUACAGGGUACCGCCUUUCUUUAGUAAAAAAGAGGUUUGGCACAGGAAAAUAUAUGGCGGACUGUUAGUGAAUACAGAUUCAUAGGAUAUACAAAGAACAGCCUUCCCGUUAACUUAUCGGAAUUCUUCCACAUGCUGUUUUAAUUAUAAAUAUAUAUAUUUUUUA